AUGAUUUCACACCGACCGCCAGCAGAAGCUGUAGAAACCGUGUGGAUCGUUCGUCAUGGCGAACGCCAGGAUUACGUCGAUCCGGCAUGGAAGAAAACGGCGACGAAUCUUGACGAUUCUCCGCUAGCGGAAUUAGGUCAUAAGCAGGCUAAAGAGGUCGCUGCACGACUGAAGAAUGAGAGGAUCGACCAUAUAUUUUCUUCCCCGUUCUUACGCUGUGUGCAGACUGCAAAUCAUAUAGCAGAGGCGGUUCGUAAGUCGGUAAAAAUUGAAAAUGGAAUAUGUGAAAUUCUUUGGACUUUUCCGCCAGGUUAUAAUGACUGUGAAACAUUGAAGGCGAGAUUUCCAUGCGUCGAUGACACCUACAGAUCAGCAGUUGUUCCCCAUAGACGUGAAAGGUAUGACGCUGACUGUUUUGGACGUGUCGGCGAGGCUGCUAGCAAAAUUUGUCAGUGCUUCAGUGGAUCGAUAUUGUUUGUGGCACAUGGAGCUUCGAUUGCGGGUCUCUUGAAAUUCUAUACUGGUACGGCGUCUUACGUCGGCUUGUGCACAAUCACGAAGUUGCAGAAAACGUCCGAUGGCCAAUGGCAGGUCGAGCUGUUGUCAGACUCUACGCAUCUUUCAGACAGAACUAAUUUACGAGCUUACUGA